AGUCGAGACUACAUGACGCACGCUUUCCGUGUAGAAUUAACAGAAUUGAUUCUGGCAGCAUAUUUGGUGAAAAAAAGACGAAAGUGAUGACAACCCACGAUGGAAGUUCACUUGAAGAUGUACCAGAAGCAGACUUGCUCAAGUUCAAGACGCUUCUCAAAGGCCUUGUAGAACAAGUGUCUGGAGUAACUAAAUCAGUGAAAGGGCUUCAGAAGAAAGUGGAAGGUGGAGAGACUUCCACAGCUAAGGGGGUCAGCUUCUUAGAGGUCAAGCAUCACUUGUUAUUGAGCUAUGUCAUGGACCUGACCUACAUCAUGCUACAAAAGGUCAAAGGUCAAUCCAUCAAUGGUGACCCUGCUGUACUGCGUCUGGCUGAGAACCGCACCGUGCUGGAGAAAAUGAGACCGAUCGACCAGAAGCUGACUUAUCAGAUUGACAAACUCAUCAAGACGGCCACCACGGGUGUACCGGCUGCUAAUGAUCCUUUACGCUUCAAACCAAAUCCUGAUGGACUCGUCAGCAAGCUGCAAGAUGAGCAAGGAGAGGAGAAUAGUGAUGAAGAUGAAGAGGUGAAGGUGGAGAAGCCAAAGAAAUAUGUUCCACCCAAAGUAGCUGCUAUGUUCUAUGAUGGAGAUGAUACGCUGAAGGAGAAGAAGGAACGUCAACUAGAGAAGGCCAAGAAGAGAGCCCUCAGUAGUCAAAUGAUCAGAGAACUCCGAGCCGAGUACUAUGACGGACCUGAAGAAGUCCAGGAAUCUAUGAGUCUUCACAGGCUAAAGGAAGAUAAAGAAACCAAAGAAAAGAAUGAUUAUGAAGAAGAGAAUUUCUUGAGACUUCCUGUAACCAAGAAAGACAAGCAAAGAGAGCGUAAUUUGACCACCAUGGCCAGUCUGGAUGGUUUGACGAGGUUUGAUAACAUCAGUGCCCUCGAUAGAAACUUUGAUGGUGACACGGAAGGACCGCCAAGAAAGAAGGGAAAAGUAUCAAGCAAGCUUCGAAAGGCCAACAAGAGGAAAUCUUUGAAAGCACUGAAGAGGAGACGGAAGAAAUUCUGAGCUGUUUUCUUGGUUGUCGUGGCAUAUCCAUUUUUAUCACCAUUUAAAAUUAUUUGUGGUUUGU